UCCCACACAAGAUCGAGCGAUUCAUCACUUUUCAAGAUGGAGAAACAACACAUCAUUCCAUAAGGUGGUUGUAAACAAGUAGACACCUGGAGCGAUAACAUCAUUCAUCCUCUUCUGGAAGAUACAUGUAGUUGAAGAUACAACAUGGCCAAAUCAGUGCUAAGUUCGGAUACCCUUCCUAAGGCAGGCCGGGUUAACGAAGUAUGUCGUGAGUGGCUGGUACACGAAGACGGCGCCUUGGCUUAUAGAUUACAGGAUGAAGAGAUUAAGGAACAUUAUACGGGAAAUAAGGUACGAAAUGCUCAGGUACGCGAGGAUCUACCAAGAGCUAAGGUUGAACAGGAACUUGAGGCACUUCGAUAUCAAUCGCUAGUACAACAACAAGAAGAAAGGGAUGCUUUAGUGGCAAGACAGAUCGCAUUAUCCUUAGAGCAUGAGGAAAGGCAGAAGGAACGUGAGCUCCAGGAGAGGAUGAGGUUACAAUUGAGAUUGGAUGAUGAGGCAGCUCAGUUAGAAGCACAGCUAGAAAUUCAGCGACGUAUUCAAGAAGAAAAAGAUCAGGAACUUGCGAAAAAACUUCAACGGGAAGAAGAGGAAGCUGCUGUAGAUUCCGAGGAUGGUCCAGUAGAUGAAAGAUAUCUUCUGGACAGAAAGAUUGCAAUGGAAGCACAAGAUGCUGAACUAGCCAAAAUGCUUCAAGACAAAGAACGAGCCAAGGCUCGACGUGCUAGGGAGCGAGCCAAACAAAGAAAACUAGAACGUCAGCAGCUGCAGCAGCAGCUCGAGGAACAGAAUACCAUAGAGAAGCCUCAAAGGCCUGACAAACUAGAUCUUAAAGAGACUCACGAAACAGGUAGUAAAUCUCGACAGCAUUCAGCAUAUUCACGAUACCCAGAUCCAGAGGAAAUUCAAGUCCUGGAGGACCCUGUCGAAGAGAUCAGAGAAAUGCCAAACGUUGCUGCCAUGAUUGAUCCUACGUACAAUGGUAAUAAUACGCACAGAAGUUCAUCAAGUAGUUCAAGUAAUACAAUGAGUCCCACAUAUGCCUUACCUACGCCACCUCAGGAACUUAUGGGUGAGGAUGCACCAUGCUAUAUGCCUAUUCAAGGUCAGAGACGUAACCAAAUGCAAUCACCAUCCCAGACCCAUGAAGAUAAGCAAAAACGUCGAGUCAAGGAUGGAUGCAAGCACCAAUAGAAUCAAUUAAUACAACAGACUCUUCAGGUAAUCACAUAUUAUUAAAGAAAAAAAAGGAAACGUCCGGAAACAUUACGUUACAUACUUUCAAUAACAGAGAAUAGGAUAGGUUAGAUUAGAAUGAGCUAGAUAAAAGUGUUCGGAAGAAAAAUCCUCACGGCCUUUCUAAGAGCCAACUAAUUACACUAGAUCAUAAUGGCAAUCUUAAAAGCCGGAGGAACUGCAUAAAUUCAAAUGAUAAUCAUGAGAAUUAUUGCCAUAUCAGUUCCAAAUCGCGAAGUGUAUUCCAUUUCGCGAAGCGUGAACUUAACUCGUGCCUUUUCAAGGGCAACCAUUUGUUUUAGACCUGAGCUCUAUUAAUCAUUGUAACUGACGAUAAUCUAAGAAUGUGUACCGUCCCAUAUUUGGAUAUUAAUUUUUUUUUUAUAACCAGUAGGCAGCAAUAAGCCAGAGGCAAAGGCAAACCAAUUUUUUUUAAGCUUGCUAAAUGACUAGCAGACUUUUAUUUUUUUUUACAAUAUAAUCAUAUUCAUAACUCGACGACUUUAUUGGAUGAAUUUUGAAAAUAGGACGUUGAUUUUUUCCCCUAA